ACAUGUGGAUCGAGUCGGGGGACGCAGCACACCGGAGUUGACUGACAUGAAAACCACAGCCCACAGCAUGAGAAUGUGCGCGUCUCACUCGCCAGCUCUGCUCAUCAUCUUGCUCUGCUCGCUGCUCGCCGGCGCGGCCAAUGCCGAGCCCUCUCCCGACCCUACGCACAAGGACUGCCACCCGGGGGACAAGUCGGCGCUGCUCGCCAUCAAGGCCGCCCUCGGGGAGCCCUACCACUUCGCAUCGUGGACGCCCGACAACCCCUGCUGCGACUGGUACGACGUGACCUGCGACCUCUUCACCGGCCGCGUCGUUGGCCUCGCCGUCUUCCAGGACGCCAACCUCACGGGCACCAUCCCCAGCGCCCUCGCCGGCCUCCCCCACCUCCAGAACCUCGUGCUGCACCACCUCCCGGCGCUGUCGGGCCCCAUACCGCCGGCCAUCGCCAAGCUCUCCAACCUCUCCAGCCUCACCAUCUCCUGGACCGCCGUGUCGGGCCCCGUGCCGUCCUUCCUGGGCGCGCUCAAGAAGCUCACCUUCCUGGACCUCUCCUUCAACUCGCUCACCGGCGCCAUCCCGGCGUCGCUGGGGACCAUCCCAAACCUGUCCGGCAUCAACCUCAGCCGCAACCGCCUCGCCGGCACCGUCCCGAUGCUCCUCAGCAAGUCGGCGGACCAGGUAUACCUCUGGCUCUCGCACAACAACCUCACGGGCCCCAUCCCGGCCGAGUUCGCCGCCGUGAACUUCGCGCACCUCGACCUGUCGCGCAACGCCCUGGCCGGCGACGCGUCGGGCCUCUUCGGCCCGGGGAAGGAACUGCAGUACGUCGACCUGUCUCGCAACGCCUUCGAAUUUGACCUGUCGGCCGUGGUGUUUCCCGAGCAGCUCGACUUCGUCGACGUCAGCCACAACGCCAUCAGUGGCGGCGUCCCGGCGCAGGUGGCGAACCUGACCAACCUGCAGUUCUUCAACGUCAGCUACAACCGGCUCUGCGGCGCGCUGCCCACCGGCUGGAGGAUGGCGACCUUUGAUCUCUACAACUUCCAGCACAACAAGUGCCUCUGCGGCGCUCCCCUUCCUCAGUGCAAGAAAUAGAAUCACCCGGUCUGACGUCCUUGCCCCGGAAAAUUCCUAUGGGGCUCGAAAAUUUACUGUACUACGAUGAUGUAUCUCUAGAUUAAAAAUAAGAGUUGCACUGAAAUAAAGUCAACAUGGGCUAAUUUGUGAUAAAA